AUGCCACAAACCCUUUCGUCAACCGCUCCUGCCACUGAACCAUUAGCAGUAGGCUUUGAAGUUUCAUUUCGAGAUAAUCGGGAUUCGUUUACGUUUGCUAGAGCGAUAAUUCAUUACAGAGAAAGUGGAGAAGACGGAAGCUGGGAGGCAGCGGAUGAUCAGUGUCACAAUGUAUCAUGGCAAAAAUUAAGUGUUUUGGGAUUUGACGAGCUUAAGUUGAAAGAUGGUGUAGAAGAUAAAGAAACGCCGAAACCUUUGUUGAUACAACUACUUCGAAGGCUAAGUAUGAGGAGUAGCGGAGGAACAACGAAAGCCGGAUGA